AUGGCAACUGCCUCCUUCCAUGGCAUCUGCCUCCCCACUUACCAUUGCAAAGCAGCCGCCGCUGCUGCAACUGCGAAACCCCAGAGCGAGCCCAUUGUGAUAGAUGAUGAGGAGGAGGCCGAGCAGAGGGGCUCUUCCUCCUCCUCCUCCUCCUCCUCCUCAUUAUCUUCACAGCAGGCUCUGGCGGCGCCGUUGAGCAGCACGGAGCCCGACUCGGAGAUCAAGAUCGCCAGCGUCACCACGCUGGACGCCUCUUCCUUGUCCUCCGCUUGCGUUUCCGAGGAAGCUUCGGCGGUUGCUGCGGCGACAGUAGAAUCAUCAGCGGGCUCUGUGUCGCCGGCGUCGGCGACGUGCCCUCAGGGAGACAUGAACCUGAUGAUCACCAGCGUGACGUCACUGCAGGGGGAGGCGGCGCAGGUGGGGGCGGAGAACGGCCUGCAGAUCAGCAGCACGUUCAGCCUCAACCCGGACGCUCAGAACCAGAGCACGGCCCAGAGUGUGACUCCCGCGUCCUCCAGCCCGGCCGCCAGCCGGCCCUCGCCGACCUUUAACCCCGGCCGUAUCAGCUCCAGCUCCGCCAGCCAGCCCGUACAGAACGGAGAGACGGGCACACACCAAAGGCCAGACUCUUGGAUCUCUCAGUCGGCGUCGUUCCCCCGGAACCAGAAGCAGCCGGGCGUGGACUCUGCGUCGCCGGCCGCCUCCCUGGCCAAGCCUCUGGGCCAGUCGGGUUCGGGAUCGCAGCAGCCCCCGCGCACCGUCAAGGUCACGUGCGCCAACUGCAAGAAGCCGCUGAAGAAGGGCCAGACGGCGUACCAGCGCAAGGGCUCGUCUCACCUCUUCUGCUCCACACCCUGCCUCUCUGCCUUCUCCCACAAGCCCCAGCCCAAGAAGAACUGCACCAUGUGCAAGAAGGACAUCACAAGUAUGAAGGGUACCAUCGUGGCCCAGGUGGACUCCAGCGAAUCCUUCCAGGAGUUCUGCAGCACCGGCUGCCUGGCCGCCUACGAGAACAAGCAGGUGCCCCCCAAGAGCGCCAUCAAGACCAAGUGCACCGUCUGUGGCAAACUGACGGAGAUUCGACACGAAGUGAGCUUUAAGAAUGUCACACACAAGAUCUGCAGCGACGCCUGCUUCAACCGCUACCGCAUGGCCAACGGGCUGGUGAUGAACUGCUGUGAGCAGUGCGGCAACUACCUACCAAACCGCGCCACCGCCAACCACUACCUACUGGUGGACGGGCAGCAGAAGCGCUUCUGCAGCCAGAACUGCAUACGAGACUACAAGCAGGCUCACGGGAAGAUGACACCGUGCACUGGCUGUAAGACUCUGUGCCGCUCCUUUGACGUGACUCACUGCAUCGGGGCCACGGGAGCCAUGGAGCCCUACUGCUCCACCGCCUGCAUGAACAAGAACAAGAUGGCCGCCGUGCAGAAUGUUGAGCCCUCGUGUCACUUCUGUAAGAGGAACGCAUUGCCCCAGUAUCAGGCCACCCUCCCUGAGGGGAAGGUCUUAAACUUCUGCAGCUCACAUUGCGUCACCAAGUUCCAGAGUGCGGCGGUUCAGACGUCCACCAACGGCCAGGCUCCUGUCUCUGCGGCAGGCAACGACAUCCAGCUCAAGUGUAACUAUUGCCGCGGAGCUUUCAGCCUCAAGCCAGAGACCCUGGAGUGGGAGAAUAAAGUAUACCAGUUCUGCAGUAAGACGUGCUGCGAGGACUAUAAGAAACUGCACUGCAUCGUGGCCUUUUGUGAGUACUGUCACGAGGAGAAGACCCUUCACGACACGGCCAAAUUCUCCGGGGUCAGCCGGCCCUUCUGCGGCGAAGGUUGUAAGCUGCUGUUCAAACAGAGCUUUGCGCGGCGUCUGGGCCUCAAGUGCGUCACCUGUAACCACUGCAACCAGAUGUGCAAGAGGGGCAUCACCAAGCAGUUUGACAGCGUCACCAGGGACUUCUGCAGCGAAGCCUGCUCCAAGAAGUUCCACGACUGGUACUACAAGGCGGCGCGCUGCGACUGCUGCAAGGUGCAGGGCAACCUGACGGAGUCUGUGCAGUGGCGCUCGGAGAUGAAGCAUUUCUGUGACCAGCAGUGUCUACUGCGCUUCUACUGCCAGCAGAACGAGCCCAACAUGGCCACCCAGAAGGGCCCAGAGAACACGACCUUAGGAAUCGGUGUGCAGACGCAAGCAACCAAGGUGACGCUCUUCAACCAGGGCCCGGUGUCGUACGCGGGCGGAGGGAUCCUGAAAGACGUGAAGAACAAGGCGGUGUUGUGCAAACCUCUCACUAUGACCAAGGCCACCUACUGCAAGCCGCACAUGCAGAGCAAGCAGCUGCAGACAGAUGAGGCCGGCACGGAUCAGCUGGUGAAAAAGGAGUACGUCCCUGUGCCUAUCCCGGUGCCCAUCUACGUGCCUGUGCCCAUGAACCUCUACGCCCAGACCACCCCUGUGCCCGUCACCGUGCCCAUCCCAGUGCCUGUGCCAUUAGUCCUGCCCACCACGCUGCAGAACGUGGAUCAGAUACUGGAGGCCAUCAACGAGCUCAGGGCCAAGCUGCCCCCAGACCUGCUGGCCAUGGAGGACACCAAGCCCGACCUCAUAGUGGUGAAGAGUGAGGAGGUGUUGGGAGCUGGACAGCAGGUGAAGAGGGAGAAGGUGAAGAGCAGCAGCGGCAGCAGCAGCAGCAGCUCAGAAGAGGAAGAGGAGGAGAAGGAUGACGAAGAGGGGGACAAGUACGAGCCUGACCUGGAUCUGGAAAACGACUUCCCAUUAGCCUCGGAACCUGUGCCUGUAGCAGAGGGGUUGGAUGCAGAGAUGGGCUUCACACUGCCCCCUGUGCUAGCUGAGGAGAAGGAAGAGAUAUCUCGACCCAGGGCCAGACGGAAGGGAUCGAAGCGGCAGGCGGUGGAGGAGGGCUCCCCUGCGCCUGCGUCCCCGUGUGCGGAGGCCGAUCUCGGGGCCGGGUCAGAGGAGGGGGCCAUCCCCCUCAGACCCCACUACGGGCUCAACGCCUGGAGGAGGUGGGCCGCCACCGCUUCCCAACAGGAAACAGACGCCCCUGCGCAGGAAGGACCCAAACAAGGUGUGCAUGUGAAGAGUAACCUGUUGUCCCUGAAAGCGCCCCGUUUGAGCCAGGCGCUGUCCUGCUUCGUCCGAGAGGUGCGGCGGCCCAAAGGAGAACGCUACGCCCCCGACAGCAUCCUCUACCUCUGUCUCAGCAUCCAGAAGCAUUUGCAGGACAAAGGGAGGACGGAUGACCUCUUCAGUGAUCCCUGUUACAGGCAGUUUGGAGAGGAGCUGAACAAGAUCCUCAAAGACUGGCAGCCCAGCGUGUUGCCUGACGGUUCUAUGUGGGGACGUGUGCAAGAGCGUUGCCUGUGGGACAGCGGUCAGCUGGGCGAGCAAAGCCCGGAGGCGCUGCUGCGCUCGCUAGUCUACCUGAACACCAAAUACUUUGGCCUGCGGACCGUGGAGCAGCACCUGCGGCUCUCCUUCGCCAACGUGUACGGGCCCAGCCGCACCGACCCGCUCACGCACGAGGUCUCGGUCCGCAUACGCGUCCCCUCCAUAUCACAGGACGAGCACCAGGUGCAAACGGGAAACAAGAGGAAACGGCAACAGAAUGACUAUGAGCCCGACGACGGGUCGGGAGGCUCCAGCCACUGUCCAGUGAAGAAACAGGAGUGUCGCCUUUAUGAAGUGUACCUGUCUAAGUGCCCUGUGUCUGUGCGGCAGCGAGCGGACCUCUUCUACAUGCAGCCCGAGGCGUCGGGCGGAGGCGGCGCCCUGUGGUUCGGCAGCUCCCCUCUGGACCGAAACGUGCUGGAGAGCUUGCUCACCCGCGUCCUCCUGGUCAAGGACAUCUACCAGGAGAACCGCCCUGAGGAGGAGGAAGAGGAGGAAGAGGAGGAGAGGGGCAAUGAAGACACAGGGGAGCAGAAAGAUAUGGAGGUUGCAAGGGAUUAACCUCAGAACGUGUCCCCUGCUUCUUGGCAACGUUCCUCCAGCCCCCUUCUGAGUGUUUGUCACUACAUCACACACACACACACGUGUGUCUCUUGGCAUUAUACCCACAAGCCCUCUGUCCAGGACGCUGUUUCCUUAGCCUUCCCUCCACCUCACUCUCACCCUCACCCUCACCCUCAUCCACACGCAUCAGAACUGGUCCUAGAACAUUGGAGGAGGAAGUGUGUGAUGAGGCGGUGUGUUUAAAGACUGACCUAUGACCAGCGGGUCGACCCUGAGAUGGGCAAGAAGGACCCGACUCGGUAGUGGGUGUGUGAGAGUGGGGUGCAUCAUAAAAAUAUAUAUAUACAUAUAUAUAUGAACACGAAAAGCAAAAAUCCAGACUGCUGCUUUUCAUGAUUUUAUUUUAUUUGUUUUGUUUUGUUUUUGUUUGUCUGUCUUGUUUGUUUUUUUGUAUUUUCCCAGGGGGGGAGGAGUGUGUGUAUAUGUGAUGUAGCAUUACUUACUAUGCCCAGAUUGGGCAGCUCCGACUUGUAAAUACCCGCAGUAGUGAAGCUAGGGUGUGAAGGGGAUCCGAGGUGCGAAAGAGGAAAGUGUUUGUUCCUGAAAAAUCCAUGAAAAUUAAAUAAUAAAAAAGGAUUAAAAAAAAAA